UCGAGCUGAAAACUUUGAAAAUGUAUAUAAAUGAUAUAUUAAACAAAGCUUUAACACAAGCCCCCAAAGUAAUCUGAUAAUGAUUUUCAAUCACAUAGAUUGCACUUCAAAAAAUCAUCAAUGAUAUAUAUAUAAACGUUAAAAUAGUGAUGUUGUGCCAAAUAUAAAUUGUUACGAUGGAAAAUAUACAAUAUGAAAGAAGAGGUAGCAAAGCCCGAGCCUUUGAAAGGUCAUUUAGUUAUUCCGCAGCAAUUGGAAAUGUAUCUGAAAGAUCGUCAAUUGAAAUACCAACUAUGACAAACACUGAAGUUUACACCAAUGAAGAUUUUAAAAAACAUUAUAGAAUUUCACAGACAUACGUAGAAGGAAAGGAAAUUGUAUUUCCUUAUAUUGUUACUAAUAUAAAUUGUGAAGAUGCUAAUACGACUCAACUUGAAGGCGAAUACAGCUCACAAUACUCGAGUGAAGAUGAACAAGCUGAUGUUGGUCUGGUUAUGACAAUAGACGUUGAAACAGAGUCUCCUAAAAGCUCUGAAAAAAGAAAUAUAUCAGAUGCAUCGACACAACCUGUUGUUGGUUCUGUUAAUUCUGCCGAAAUUUACGAUACAAUAGAAAUGGCUGGGAGCAUUGACAAUGACACAACUACAAAUACAGUUCCUACAAAUGCCUACUAUGAUUAUUCUUCUCCAUACACUAGAAGGAGCAAAAAAGGUAAAAAAAAUAGACGGCAACCCGGUCGACCCGUUCGUUCUAGAAGAGUGGUUCACAAAAGCGGGGAAGAAAACGUGCCAGUAAGAAGCAACAUACCGGCCAAAUCUAUGAAGUACAUGAGAGACAUAGUUAAUACUGUGAUCAACAGUAAAUGGCGGUUCAUAAUAUUGAUGAUGGUGUUUUCUUACUUUGUCUUCUGGUUUAUCUUUGCUGGUAUCUGGUAUGCAGUCGCCACCUCUUACCAGGAUGACAUAGGUGAUGGUAAGGAGCAUUGUGUCACGGGUACCUCCUCGUUUGCUGGUCUUCUCAUGAUGUCAGUGGAGACGCAGAUGACAAUCGGAUAUGGAGUCAGAUAUCCAAAUGAGGAAUGUCCUGAAGCAAUAAUCAUAAUGGUGUUUGAAAUAAUAGCAGGGACUGCAUUGUCGGGGGGUCUCGCUGGUUUGCUCUUCACAAAAAUGAUACGCCCUAAUAGACAAGGUGCUCCCAUCGGAUUCAGUAAGAAAGCCACUGUUUGUCUGCGCGAUGGUGAACUAUGUCUGCAAUUCAGAGUAUGGGAUCUUUUAAACCUACAUUUAAUUGGAAGCACAAUAACUGCAUACAUGCUUAAGCCAAUCAGAACAUUAGAAGGAGAAAGAGUACAGAAUUAUAUGCACCAACUAGAACUAAAAGAAGGGCGUGCUUUCCUUCUUUGGCCAAUUACUGUAGUACAUGUUAUAAAUCAUAAAAGCCCACUCUAUGAUCUCACAGCGCAAGAUAUGAUGGACUUGAGAUUUGAAAUUGUGGUUUGUCUUACCGGCUCGUCUAAGAAUAUGGGAACAGUGACCCAAAGCAGGACAUCCUACCUAUCCAAGGAAAUCAUUUGGGGAUAUAGAUUCAAAAACGUAUUGCAUUGGUCAAAGAAGCACGAGGCAUACUCCAUUGACGUUGAGCACCUCGACUCGGUAGAGCAAGUGGAAACACCUCUGUGCAGCGCUAGCCAGCUAAAAGAAUUCGAAGAGGAUAUCAAAUCAUCACAACAACUACUAUCAACCCCAACUAACUUAUCUCUGACACGCAUAUCUUUAAAUCAAGAGGACACUUCUACUUUAUCCAGGGCGGAAGAGUCUGUGCCUUCUAGUCCGAUAAUCAAUAUGAAUUCGACCCGAAGAAGUUUUGGAUGGCAUUUUAGAAGAUUUUAUCCAGAAAGAUAUGUGGAGGGUCAAAGUAGAGGUACCGCAAACGCGGGUGAAUUUUAAUUUAAAUAAAGGCUAAAUUUAUUUACGAAAUACUUUGAGGUAUAGAAAUAUCUACUAAAUAGAGUAAAACAGUAUAUUGAAACAGGUUUAGAAAUUAAAUUAUUUUUUAUCAA